ACCAACAAAUUUAGGCCCGGUAUCCUUCGCCUUCCCUCGCCCUUGAGCAUCCGACUUACCUCUCGUGCCCAGAGAUACGCAGGAUGCCGCCUCGACGGACGAGAGCAGCAAAGGCCGCACAGGAGGAAGCAAAGGCCGAUGAGAGCAGUCGAGCAGUGCGGCGGACCGGCAAGGAGCGAGAGCGAGAGCAGGAGCAGGAGCAGGAGCAGGAGCAAGCUCUCGGGCAGGCCGAAGAUGAGCGAGACGGCCAGAGGCCUGAUGCCACGGCCGUGGAAUCGGUAGAGAAGGCAGCCUCGAAUGGAUCGACGGGGGCGAGCGCAAAGGGCAAGGGCAAGGGCAAGGGGAAAGCAGCUCCAGAGGAGGAGGGAGGAGCGGACGUCAUAGAGGAAGAUGGGUCUUCAAAAUCUGAGCAGGCAAACGCGCUCACGAUGGAGGAACGGAUGGAGAAGAUGAAGCAGCUGCGAAAGAAGAUGGCUGAGUCUUCUAUUGCGAAUCGCAAGGCCGUGGCGACAGAGGCGAACAAGGCGAAGAAGAGCGCAAAACAAGAGGCCGCGAUUGCGCGCAAGAUGGCCAAGGCGGAAAAGGUUCUCGACGAACGAGAUGCCAAAGAACGUGGAGAGGACGUGGAGAGACAGAGGGCGAUGGGCUACUCGAUCGAGGAGAACGAGGCGUGGGAGGCCAAGCUGGCCAAGAAGGCCAUCACCAAGGACCAAGGGGCAAUUGAUCCACAGUCAGCAGCUGAGCGUACCUAUAGACGGCAGAUCAACCAGCUCAAACCGGACUUGACGACUUACGACAAGCAGAGGGCCUCUGCUCUGGGUGCAUCGCCGCUCCAGAGCGGCAGCAGCAGCUCGGCCAUGACGCAUACAACCACUGGACCAUCCAAGGGUCAAGUGGUGAAGAAGGAUGACCUUUACGGUGGCAUAAACAACCUCGCGUAUGGAGACCACAAGCCCGAUGACGCAGCGCUGGACCGCGUCACUCAGCAUCUCAACCAAGAGUCUGACUUCCGGAGUAAACGCAGUCGUUACCGUCCAGACGAUGCCGAUGCCGAGGUCAACUAUAUCAAUGACAAGAACAAGCACUUCAACAAGAAGAUCAAGCGCUUCUACGACAGCUACACUCAGGAGAUUCGCGAAAAUUUCGAGCGAGGCACCGCGCUGUAAUGUAUGUCAUGAUAGGCUUGCCGUGAAGACCGUGCCGUGAACGCCACAAACGUGGGAAGCCGCGCGUGGCCCUGCCGACUCUACUUUCCUCGGGAUCUGUUUGCCCCUUCCGAAGGAAUUCUUCUUUUUUAGAAACAAGCAAUCCUAGCCCAGUUUUAGUUUU